AUGUUCAACUGCUGUUCACAUGGAACCCUGCUCCACUUCGGCCUUCAAAGCUCUCGUUUGAAUAUUUGCUACUACCACCAAGAUCUGCACCUGCGGCGGCUCCACCCGGGCCCACGCCCCAGGCUUCGAGGCGCACCGCAGCGGCCCUCCUACUCGUCGCGGCCUAGCCCCCGCGGGCAUCGCACUGCCGGCGACGGCCGGAUCAACCAACACCUUUUCUGGGCUCUGAUGAGCGUCGGCAUCGGGCGCCUUAACCCGGCGUUCGGUUCAUCCCGCAGCGCCAGUUCUGCUUACCAAAAGUGGCCCACUGAGCACUCGCAUUCCACGGCGCGGCUCCACGCCAGCGAGCCGGCCCCCUUACCCAUUGAAACGGCGCCGGGGGCCGGCGGGCCCGGCCCCCGCACCCCCGCGCGAAACGCCGCGCUGCGAGGACGCCGCCCCCCGAGGGGGGCGACGCCCCCCGCCACGGCGCCGCCGACGGGGGGGGAGGAGGGCGCGGCGGCGGUCCUCUCCCUCGGCCCCGGGAUUCGGCGAGACCUGCUGCCCGGGGGCUCUAACACCCGGCAGCCGCUCGCGCGGCGCCGGGCCACCUGCCCGCCGGAGGCCUUCCCAGCCGACCCGGAGCCGGUCGCGGCGCACCGCCGCGGAGGAAAUGCGCCCGGCCAGGGCCGGCCGCCGGCCGGGCGGCGGUCCCCGCACCGGCCCGCCCCCCCCGGCCCGCCCCCGCGGACGGAGCUGCGCCGCCGCACCGGCCGACGGGGCCGGCCGGCCGACGGACGGCUUUUCCUUCCUCCCUGCCGACCCAGCCGUCCCGCCCCUACCGCCGCCCCCGCCGGCGCCCGCGCGCCGGGGGACGAGGAGGGGCGAACCGGAGGGAGAGGCGCGGAGAACGGGAGACCCCAUCCCGUAAGCGAGAACCGAAAAGGGAGCGCGGCGGAGACGGCCCCGAAGGACGCCGGCCGGGCGGCGCGCGGCGGCCUCGGCGGGGACAGAGACGAGAGAACGACGGCGCCCUCGCGCGCCGGAGACCGCGACAGAGGGGGACCGGCGAAGGAGGAGGGGGUCACAACCCCCGUUCCCCGGCCCUCCCGCCCGACGCGCGCGCGGCAGCACGGCACGGUACCCGCCGGGUACCCACCCGCAGACAGCCGCCCGCACGGGGGGGAAGCCCGGGGGCGAGGCCCGCGCCUCGCCCCCCCUCUCGGCCCUCUCUCUCUCUCGGCCCUCGGCGGCGCGCGUUCGACGCCGUCUCUCUCUCGCUCUCUCCCCGGCCGCCGCCACCGCACUGCGGCGCGGCCCCGGCGGGGACGAGCUCCACCCCAGCGGCUCGCUCCGGGAGCGGGGAGCUACGGAGCGCUCCCCGAGUCUGCAUUUAGGGGGACGAAGGCCCUGCGCGGCCGACCGCGACCGCGACGACGCCCGCCGGGCCGCAGGGAAAGGAUCGAGGCCGCCGAGGGGAACCGCUCCCCUCGCCGCGCCCCUACCGCCUUCCCUCCGGGCACCGGCCGGCCGCCGCCGCCGCCGCCCACCGCGGGCAACGGGCCUGCGAGGCGACCCCAGCCGCGCCGCCGGGGUGGCCCCCGGACGGCGAUUGAUCGUCAAGCGACGCUCAGACAGGCGGAGACGCCGCCUCGUGUGCCGUUCUUCGGAGGCGGCCCAGGCGCCCGGGCUCGGCCCGGCCUCCGCGCGGAGGGCCAGCACGGCGCGCGACGGACCGCGGGGGGCACGGCGGCCCGCCCGACCUCGAUUGCACGGGACGACACACACGCACACGCGGCCGGGGGCACGACGGCCGUCGGCCCCCGCACGCGCCGGCUCCCCUUCGCCGCGCCGCGGCGCGGCCGGCUCUCCCCAGCGGCCUUGCAACGCUCGAGACGGCACGCGCCGACGACCGCACCGCCGGCGCGCCCCCCGCGGGAACCGCUCCCGUCGGAAAGGCCAGCGACCGGCGGCCGCACCCCGUCGCCGGUGCCGGAGGCGGACGCCACCGAGACCCGAGCCGGCGCCGCGGGUGCCCGAGGCCGGCCGGGCGGCGGACCCGCCGCCGCCGCGGCCGCCCUGCCGGGCCCACCGCAGCCGCGUCGCGCCGUCGGGGCCCCUUCCCCCGGGCACGCGCCCGGCGGAAGGCGUACGGCGCCGAGCCGGGGGGCAACGCCCGCUCGCCGCGCUCCCACGCGGAGACCGGGCGGGGAAGCGCCCCCGCGGCUGCCCGCACGCCCUCCCUUCGGCCCACACGCGGCCGGGAAGGGCGACGGGAACGCGACGGGUGAGGCCCGGGCCGGGACGGCCGACGGCGCCGGAGGGCGCCGCCCGGCAGGCCGCCCCCGCCCCCCCGGGCGGGAGGGGGGGACACUCGCCGAGCGGCGACGCCGCCGCUCGGCACGGGGCCGCCCGCGCUCGCGGGCCUCCGCCGACGGAGGCACCGCCGAGCGCUCGCCCCAGACGGGGUGGGGGGGCGGUCGGGCCGGGGACGUCCGGCGGACGGCGCCGCCGGUGCGUUCGAGGAGAAGGCCGUCGAGGGGAGAGGCACGGCCGCGCCAAGGAGAGAGCGGCCAAGGAGAGAGCGCGGCGGGCGCCGGCGGCCGCAACCCCGCGGCUGAGGAAAGGCAGAGAGCGCGCGCUCUCUGCCGGCAUCGCCCCGGUUUCGAGGGGAGCGGGUCGGCCGGCCCCGCGGCACGACCACGCGCCGCGGCCUCUCCGCCGAGGCCGGGCCGCAGAGAGGGGGGGGCAGGGCGCCCCUCCCCGGCGCGGCGCGGUUACCCGCCGCCCGCGCGCGCGGCGGAGACGACGGCGGCGGCGGGCGCGCGGCCGGUGGCAACGGACACCACCGCAGGGGAUCGGCGGGAGCGGCUCCCCACCCCUCAGUGGCGCCGCGCCACCGCCCGGCGCACGCCUGCCGCCGCCGGCACCGCCGCCGCCGCCGCGGCGGGGCGCGCCGAGCCGCCCGAGUCUUUAAACCGCCGCCCGGCCCGGCGGGCCCCUUUCGGCCCCCGCGGCGUUUGA